AUGACUACAGUUGAAAAAAUAAAGGCCAUCGAAGAUGAGAUGGCCAAAACACAAAAGAAUAAAGCAACAUCUUUUCAUUUGGGUCAACUAAAAGCAAAAUUGGCCAAAUUAAGAAGAGAGUUGUUAACAGAUGGAUCUUCUGGUGGUGGAGGAGGAGGUGUUGGUUUUGAUGUUGCGAGAACUGGUGUUGCUACAGUUGGGUUUGUGGGUUUUCCAUCCGUUGGUAAAUCAACUCUAUUAUCAAAGUUAACAGGUACUCAUUCAGAAGCUGCUGCAUAUGAAUUCACAACUUUAACUACUGUUCCAGGAACUAUCAAAUAUAAAGGUGCCAAAAUACAAAUGUUGGAUUUACCAGGAAUUAUAGAAGGUGCAAAAGACGGUAAAGGUAGAGGUAAACAAGUUAUUGCAGUUGCCAGGUCAGUCAAUUUAUUAUUUUUGGUCCUUGAUGUCAACAAACCAUUACAACAUAAAAGAAUAAUAGAACAUGAAUUAGAAGGAAUGGGGAUAAGGAUAAAUAAAGAACCACCAAAUAUUGUAAUAACGAAAAAGGAAAGAGGAGGAGUUAAUAUAACGAACACUGUUCCUUUAACACAUUUGGAUAAUGAUGAAAUCAGAGCAGUAAUGUCUGAAUAUAAAAUAAAUAGUGCAAACAUUGCAUUUAGAUGUGACGCAACAGUUGAUGAUUUAAUUGAUGCAAUUGAAUAUAAAGCAAGAAAAUAUAUACCUGCAAUCUACGUGCUAAAUAAAAUUGAUUCAUUUUCAAUUGAAGAAUUGAAUCUAUUAACCAAAAUACCCGACGCUGUUCCCAUAUCUUCGGCAAAUGGAUGGAAUUUGGAUGAUUUGUUAGAAGUAAUGUGGUCAAAAUUGAAAUUAGUUAGAGUAUACACAAAGCCCAAAGGUAAAUUACCUGAUUUCAGUGAACCUGUUGUUUUGAGGAGUGAUAGAUGCACAGUUGAAGAUUUUUGUAAUUCUAUCCACAAGUCUUUGGUAGAGGACUUUAGAAAUGCAUUAGUUUAUGGUACCUCAGUUAAGCAUCAACCACAAAUUGUUGGUUUAAGUCAUGAAUUAGAAGACGAAGAUGUUAUAACUAUAUUGAAAAAAUAA